AUGGUUGAAGUCCGGAAAAUAAAUAAUCCGGAAAGUAAAAACACGGAACGUAAUAAUCCGGAACGUACAAUCUCGGAUCGUAAUAAUCCGGAAUGUAAAACCACGGAACGUAAUAAUCCGGAACGCACGAUCCCAGAAUUUAAUUUCCCGGACCGUAAUAUUCCGGAACGUAAAAUUCCGGAAUGUAAAAUCCCGGAACGUAAUAUGCCGGAAAAGAAUCAGUGA